AUGGCAAAAAACGAGCCGAAGCUCAGCGACAACGACCCAACCGCUCUCUGCCUGCUCUGCUCGCAGCAAGUGCUUUGCCCUAUCACUCUCUAUAUCCUUUGCAAACACAGACAUGCAAAGCAACGUGCAGACACAUCCAGAUAUGCAUGCAUCCGCAGACACAAAGAGAUACGCAUGAACACUAAGAUAGAGAGGUGGGAAAAGACGCGCAGACAGAAACUCACUCCAUUCUCUGUCGCUACAGAACUCAAUCGAUUAAGCGACGAGGCAACAAGCGACAUCGUUUGA